AUUUUUACAUUGCUUUACAGGAAUUGGUAGUACGCUGGGACUUGGAAUGUAUGUUCUAGCUGGGCAAAUUGCUAGUACUAAAGCUGGACCAGCUGUUACUUUAUCAUAUUUUAUUGCUGCUCUUGCAUCAGUUUUUGCAGGUCUUUGUUAUGCAGAAUUUGGAGCGAGAGUUCCAAAAGCAGGAUCGGCUUAUGUUUACAGCUAUGUUACAGUUGGAGAGUUUAUUGCAUUUAUUAUUGGAUGGAAUCUCAUCCUGGAAUAUGCCAUUGGAACUGCAUCAGUUGCCAGAGGUUACAGUGGCUAUGUUGACUCUUUGAUUGGGAAUAAAAUACAGAAUUUUUUUGAAAAAGUAAUGCCA